CGGACAUCUUGGUUUAUGUAUGAGUUUUUGGAAAGUUAAAUGAUUGUUUUCCAAAUCCCCCUUGGCAUCAAAUCAAGCGCUCCAUCUCAAACUGCACAAUGUCCAACUUGGAUUGGGGAUCCAGUGGAGCGCCGUCUUUCACCAAAAUUAUCUUCUCCGACGUGUACCCAGCCAUUGACCCCAGCAAUACCACUCUACCAACCGGAUUCUCAGUCUGUAUCAUCGGGGCAUCGCGAGGCAUCGGAGCCGGUAUAGCCACCAGCUACGCCAAAGCCGGCGCAUCCCUCAUCAUCCUCGCCGGCCGGCGAACAAGCGGUCUAGAGGACGUAGCGCAGCAGUGCAAGCAAACCGGCAAAGCAAAAGACAUACAAGUACUAGUGAUACGAUGCGACCUGACGAUCCCAUCCGACGUCGAAUUCCUCGCGGCCCAAACGCGUGAAUCCUACCCUAGCGGCCUCGACGUGCUGGCGCUGAACUCCGGCGUCACCGAAUUCGUGGCCAAAAUCGUCGAUACGCCAACAGACCAGAUUAUCAACACGACGGCUGUCAACUACGUGGGAACGUUUCUCGUCGCCAAGAACUUCGUGCCGCUGCUGCUGGCCAAGGACAAAGGGGCCAAAAUGUUUGCCGUCGUGGGAAGUAUGGCGUCGCUACUUGUGCGCGGUCCAAUUGCGAAUGCGCAGUACUGCGUUAGUAAGACGGCGCAGUUGAGGCUGGCAGAGCUGCUUCAUGAGGAAUUUCAUGUUGCACAUGGACUCCGCGUGUUCUGUGCGCAUCCGGGAGCUGUUGCUAGUGAGCAGAGCAACGCCAAGUCGCCGGAUGAGUUCAAGUCGUAUUUGACAGAUAGUGCGGAGCUUUGCGGAGCGUUUUUUGUAUGGUUGUCGACACGGGGCGAGGAGGUUGCGUGGUUGAGUGGGAGGCUGUUGAGUGCUAAGUGGGAUGUGGUUGAGCUUGAGAGGAGGAGGGAUGAGAUUGUUGCGAAUGACUUGCUCAAGUUGAAACUUGUGUUGUGAUAUACUAGUUUAGGAGUACAUGCAUCGUCAGGUGGAAAGUCUGGACGUAGUGGCAUGAAGUCACUAGAAAUGAGUCAGGCUUUGUCUGCCCAGUGCUCACGAC